AUGGAAGGAUCCUCAAAAGAACAAGCAAGCGAGAAUAAAACUUCGCUUGGCAACUUUACAGCGAGGUAUGCCAAAGCUGAUCCACGGAGCUACCUUCAACGCGACGAUGAAAGUAAUAGCCAUUACUGGUUUCGACGCCUGGGGCACUUGAAGCCGGUCGAACUGAUGUGGAGCGAAUCCGAAACUUCUGGUCUUAAUCGUGUCCUGACCUCUUGGCAACUCGUCUUUAUUGGUAUUGGCGCCAUUAUCGGUACUGGUAUCUUUGUCUUAUCCGGUCAAGCCGCCGCGAAAAACGCUGGACCGGCAAUUACCAUUUCUUUUAUCGUCGCCGCCAUUGCCGCCGGUUUUGCUGCUAUGUCAUAUUCGGAAAUGGCAUCCAUGAUUCCCGUCGCAGGUUCGGCUUAUACAUAUGCCUAUGCUACGAUGGGCGAGUUUGUUGCUUGGAUUAUUGGCUGGGAUUUGAUUCUUGAGUACAUGGUCGGUGCUGCUACAGUGGGCGUUGGCUGGUCUGGUUACUUUGUCAAGUUCUUUGCUGUGGCGGCCAAAGUUCAGUUUGGGGAAAGUUGGACCAAGCCGACAGUGGAAUGGGACGAAAAGACGGCAACCAUCAGCUAUGAGCCUGGUCACUACUUCAACGUGCCUGGUUUCGUUAUCAUUAUGCUCGUUACUGCCGUGCUCUGCAUCGGUAUCCGUCAAUCGGCUUGGAUGAACGCUGGCAUCGUCAUCAUCAAGCUUUUCGUCAUCCUUCUUUUCAUAUUUGCCCUGUGUGCCUUUGUCGACCGAGGCAACUAUGUUCCCUAUGUUCCCCCGAACACCACAGGCAACUGGCACUUCUUUGGCGCCCCAGGUAUAUUUGCAGCAGCCACUACCGUUUUCUUCAGUUACAUUGGUUUUGAUGCUGUGACUACGGCUGCGUUGGAGGCCAAGAAUCCACGUCGUGAUUUGCCUAUUGGUAUUAUCGGUUCGCUGGUGAUUUCGACUGUUAUGUAUAUUGCUACUUGUACCGUCAUGACCGGCGCGGCCAACUAUGAGUUGCUGAAUGUGCCUACUCCUGUCACGGUGGCCGUCGAUGAGGUCCAGAGACGCACCGGUCGCGAUUUCCGCUGGCUGAAUAUCAUUGUGACCCUGGGUGCCUUGUGCGGUCUGACUUCGGUUUUGCUUAUCAAUUUACUGGCUCAAUCUCGCGUUUUCUAUGCCAUGGCCAAAGAUGGCCUUCUGCCUUCUUUUAUCGGCAAAGUGCAUCCUCGGUUCAAGACACCGUAUGUGGCUACCAUUAUUGUGGGCACCAUCACGGCUCUGCUCGCUGCCGUUUUGCCUGUUGAUUUGCUCGGUAACAUGACCUCAGUCGGUACACUUUUGGCCUUCUUUGUCGUCCAUGCGGGGGUGAUUGUCUUGCGUUUCACUCGUCCUGAUGUGGAACGUCGAUUCAAGAUUCCGGGAGGCAAAUACGUUUCCCUCUUGUUCCCCAUCUGCGGUAUGAUCAUUUCCGUGCUUCUUAUUGCCGUCGCCGAACCGUCAACGAUCUGGCGUCUGUUUAUCUGGAUGGGAGUCGGUUGGAUCAUCUACUUUGGUUACUCAAUUCGCCGCUCCAAACUUCAUCGAGAUCCCGUUGGUCACUUUAGUCAUGCUCAAACCGAGGCACCCGAAACCGUCAAGCAUGAUAGUGAAGGACUCCAGGUUCAAGAAUACGAAUAUGUUCCCGAACAUCACAAUAACUCUCAUCGAGCUUAA